AGUUACUAACAUCAGGAUUGUGCUCCUUGGAGCUAAGGGUUCUGGGAAGACUUCAGCACUCAACACAAUCCUGGCAAGAGAGAACAACCCUAAACCCAUUAGGACAGUUCGUUGCCAGGCUGGACAAGAAAUGGUGCUUGGGAGACUGGUAACUGUGGUGGACACACCAGGGUGGUGGAUGAACUACUUCUGUGAUGAGAGCUCCAACUUUGAUCGGGGGGAAUUGGCGCUGAGUUCGUAUUUUUGUCCUCCGGGACCUCACGUAUUUCUGCUGGUGAUCCGUGUGGACAGAGCAUUCACAGAGACCUGCAGAAGAGCAGCACAGGAGCAUCUAGAUAUGAUCGGUGAACACAUCUGGAGUCACGUUAUCUUGCUGUUUAGUUUUGGGGACUGGCUCGGAGACACGCCUAUUGAGCAGUCCAUUGAGAGUGAGGGAGAAGCUCUGCGGUGGAUUGUUGAAAGAUGUGGCAACAAGUAUCAUGUUCUGAACAGUAAAAUGAAAGAUAAGGAAUUUCAAGUCAGGGAGUUGAUUGCAAAGAUUGAGAAAACCAUCACUAGCAGUGACAACGGCUGCUAUUAUAAACUAGAGAGGAAAGUGUUGGAGCAGCUGGAGGGGACGAUGCGAAGAGAGAAAGAGAGAGCCAGAGAAAGGCUAAUGAAGAAGAAGAAACAAAGGCAGAUGGCAAGAGCUCAGCUGGAGAACCUCGAACCUUUGACAGAGCUGAGAGUCGUGCUCAUUGGUGGCCCAAAAAUAGGCAAAAGCUCCUGUGGAAACACCAUCCUCAGCAGAGACUGCUUUGACACGGCUGCUCAAACUACUUCCUGCACCGAAAGGAAGGAAAAUAUCUGUGGCAAGAUGGUGGUGGUAGUAGACACACCAGGCUGCCUUUCUGUGACAUCGGACUUCUUGAAGGCAUCCUGUGCUAUACUUCUGGUUGUCAAUCUUAGCUCGUCGUUCAAAGAUACCUGGAGGAAAACCUUGCAAAAAGACCUGGAGGCAGGUGGAGAUCAGUUAUGGAGCAGAUGUAUGGUCCUGUUCAGCUAUGGUGACAUGCUGGGUGACACAAGCAUCGAGCAGCACAUUGAAAGCGAAGGAGAGCCACUGCAAUGGCUUGUUGAGAAGUGUGGGAACAGAUAUCAUGUUUUAGACAAUAAGAACUGGGGAGAUGGAGCUCAGGUUAAAGAGCUAAUUGAUGUGAUGGAGGAGAUGCUGGUUGAUGAGAGGCAGGCUCUUCUUCACAGAGAUGAUCACAUGUGGAAAAGUUUUGCUUCAGCUCAAGAGCAGCAGAUAGGCACAGAGCCACUGAGCAAAAGGGGACCAGAGGAUUUCAUGCGCAGCAGACCUGAGCAGUCCAAUAACUUGCCUGAAUCUCUCCCCUAUCGAUCACCAAAGCUCUCAGAAGAUUGUUCUCAGUUAGUAGCGUUACCAGCAGGAAGAACCACAGAGUUGGCUGGAUGCAUCAUUGUGGACCAAUAUCACUUCAUGUCCUAUAUAUUCUCUCCGCUUUCUGGCAAACAAGUACUGAGGUUGCCAAAAGUGACUCAGCAUGUCCCAUCUCCUGCUCCUCACAACCACCUGAGAGUGAACAGGGAGGGUCACAUGGAUCCCAUCCCACGCAGACUUGAAACAACGCAUCUGGUGUCAUCUCAGACACAGAACGAGGCAUGUGUAGAACAAGAUUUGAUCAGUGUGCAAUCACUCUGCCAUCCUGCACUGAUAGAGCGGACUCUUAGGAGGGUCUCUGAGUCUGGAGGCCUGCAGACAUUCAUUGAUCAGUGGGGCAACAGCAGCCUGGAGGAACUGGAAGCCUUCGUUGACUUGCACUUUGAGAUUGUGUGGGAAGAAGCCAUGAGAUCAUGUCAGCCGCCUGAACCGAGCCACGCCGUGCCUGAGCAGGAUAAUGCUGUUGGGGAAGCUGGAGAGGAAGUGUUUACAUCCAUUCACAGGAAACUUUCAAAGCUGGAGCUGCUUGAGGAGAUAAAGAGGGAUCUGGCAGAACAGAGAAAGCACGUGGAGCAAAUCUGGAGGAUCAUACAGCAACUUGCAUACGAAAUCAAACAGGGCCGUAAUAAUACACGCUAAUAAAGGGGUCUCAGUAAUAACAGAAACAAAGAUCAAUAAUAAAAGCAGAGAAUGGAAGAGAGAAAUUGGUAUUUUAUCGAGUGAAAUAAAAAUUCAGAAGCAGUUUUUGGGAGGUUUAUGUAAAUAACAAGAAAAACUAAAGCAGAUUUUAUGGUUUUUAUCCACAAGAUGGCGCUAUUGUAUAAGGGAAGGUUGGGUAAACCAUGUUCCUCUCACUCAUUUAACUUUUUUUCAUGGAAAAUAUUAGAAAUGGAUUAUACAAAUAGUUUCUGUCAUCAUUCAUUAAAUCUGAUGUAACACACUGAUGACUACACCUCCAGAAAAAAAGAUCAAAGGUUAAAAAUUGUUAGAAAAACAUUUAAAAUUGUCAUAAAAUCAAUGAAAAAUGAAGAUGCUGUUUCUUAAGUAUACCUUUAACUAUGGCAUACUUAAAACAAUAUUCCAACUUCUAUAUAAUAAAGUGACAGUGUUUAGAUUGUAGAUUUACAACAGGCAUCUUUAAAAAUGUGUCUAGUAGACAAUGCCACAAGUGAGCGCAUUUUAAAUAAAUAAUUAUGAAAAUUCUUGUUUAAAUAUGGAAAAAGACAGUUGAAGAUCUUGAUAAUCACAAUCUAAUGUUGUCCAAAUAUCUUUCUCUUUUUAUUAUAAUACUAUAAGAGCACAACUUAGGGAGGAAUCUCUGUAGCGUUGUAGAUGAAAGCAGAGAAGAUUGUACGUCUAAAUAAAGAAUAUAGCUUCUUGCAGAAUCGUUAAAGCCUUCAAAGAUUUAGAUUUGCUGUGUUUGCUUAUGCAGGUGUCUCCACGUCUACUUCACCCAGUUUUUAUUCAAACACUCCAAAAUCCAAGAAUCUGACAAUGGUUAACAAACAGGAAGUCAAUCCUGCUUACUUUCUUUGCAGAAAAAAUAGAGAAAUUGCAAAGCUUACAUUUAAAGUCUUUCCGCCCUCCAGUGUUUAUCAAGGGCUUUCAAGUGAGUCACACACAGACAGAAUGCAGAGGCUGAUAGGGCUCUGGCAAAGUAAUGCUGUGAAAGUCCACUGCUUUCAAGGCUAACUCUCAGAUCUUUCCAAAUAUACAUGUAUGCCAACACCAGGAGGCGGGUAGCAAUUUUUGAUGUAGGUAAAAAUUACUGAUGUGUAUUCUGAACCUAGAUGCAAAUAUGAAACAGCGAUACAUCUGACAUCUGAGGCCUCAAAAAUCUGGUGUGGUCAUUCUUCCCAAGCAACAUCACUGUGUUUCUCUUUAUUAAACAUGCAUUAUUCAACUUUGGAAAUAGGUGUCUCCACAUGGUAGUGAGAGAUAAGACACCUGCUGCCUUCAUGGCAUGGUAAUGCUUUAUACUUAUUGCCUUAUUACAAUGUUACUAGUGCGCAGAAAGCUAUGUGAUGCCAGGGCACGGAUUCAUGGAUUUAGAUGAGA